AUGAGCGAACAAAAGGAAGAUCUGUUUAAGCCUGUCGGCGAUGCUGCUGCAGAAAUCCAGAACGAAAAUCAAGAAGCUGGUGAUGGAGUCCAGUUGACCGGUGCAGAGGACGCUAUGGGUCACCCAGUGCAGGAGAUCGAGUCUCUCUGUAUGAACUGUGGCAAAAAUGGUACGACCAGACUGCUGCUGACUUCCAUCCCCUAUUUUAGAGAGAUUAUUAUCAUGUCAUUCGAGUGCCCUCACUGUAUGUUUAAAAACUGUGAGAUUCAACCUGCUUCGGAAAUCCAAGAAAAGGGUUCCCGGUACACCUUGAAGGUGGAAUGUCGUGAAGACUUCAACAGGGAAGUCAUCAAGUCUGAAACAGCAACUUGUAAGUUUGUCGAGCUAGAUAUCGAGAUCCCUGCCAAGAAAGGCCAAUUGACCACUGUGGAAGGUUUGCUGUCAGAAAUGAUCGAAGAUCUGUCGCAAGACCAAGAAAUGAGGAAGUCCAUAGACGAGAGUCUUUACAAUAAGAUCGAUGAAUUCAUCAAAAAAGUUCGGUCCUACAUGGACUGCGAGCCCAACACCAUCCCUGUCACCUUUGUGUUGGAUGAUCCUGCAGGCAACUCAUGGAUCGAAUAUAAGCCUGGCGAGCCUCAGCACAAAUGGUCGCAUACGCAGUACGUGAGAACUGAUGAACAAAACGUUCAGGUCGGCAUCAUCACCAGAGACCAGCUGGAACAACGUCGCCAAGAAAAAUUGAAGGCAUUGGCUAACCGUGAAAGAAACCCCUCCCAGACUGUCAAAGUCGGUUCAUCAACCCCACAAUUUAUAUCUGAUGCCACAGACAUAGAGAACUUCAACAACGAAGUGCAAACAUUCAGAGCGGCUUGUCCAUCAUGUACGCAAGAGUGCGAAACCCAUAUGAAACCGGUUGAUAUUCCGCAUUUCAAAGAAGUCAUCAUCAUGUCCACGGUGUGUGACCACUGCGGUUACAAAUCUAACGAAGUGAAAACCGGUGGCGCCAUUCCAGAAAAGGGGAGAAAGAUAACCUUGUACUGUGACGACGCUGCAGACCUAUCCCGUGAUAUUUUAAAGUCUGAAAGUUGUAGUAUGGUUGUCCCUGAAUUACAUCUCGAUAUUCAAGAGGGUACCUUGGGUGGCAGAUUUACCACUUUGGAAGGUUUAUUGAGACAAGUCUAUGAAGAAUUGGAGUYCCGUAUUUUUACCCAAACCUCUGACUCCAUGGACGAAGCAACAAAGACCCGUUGGGUAGAGUUCUUUGCAAGAUUAAAGGAUGCCAUUGCCGGUAAAGUCAAGUUUACUGUCAUUAUGGAAGAUCCAUUGGCCGGCUCGUACAUACAGAAUGUCUAUGCCCCAGAUCCAGAUCCAAAUAUGACUAUCGAGGAUUACGAAAGGACAAAGGAACAAAAUGAAGACCUAGGGCUGUCCGAUAUCAAGGUUGACUAA